CAAAGAUCUAGAAAGAAGAAUGAAUCUGAUUUAGAAGAUAUUUUGAUAUUAUGGCUGAGAUUUCUACGAAAGGACUCUCCUCAUUACUGUGUUGAGUAUGAUGUGGCGUCAACUGUUCAAAUAUAUAAUGGACUAUAUUCUAGAUUUGCUACAAGCACUCCUGAAUACUAUAAUUAG